UAUUUUAGUCUAUUGUCUUUUCAAGCUUUAUACGCAUGUAUAAGUUAAAGAACUUCUUUAUUCAUAUUUUCAGAUUAAUACGUUGAGUUCCUUACUAAAAAAAAAAGCAAACGUUGAGUUCCAAGAGCAAAAUGGGAAACCAAACAAGCAAAAAGUCACAAGAUCCAUCGUCUAAGACCACAACGACGACCAUGCACUACACGAAGCUGAGAUCCUACGAGGCUGCUUGUAAAGCAGACACGAAGCUGCAAUCAUUCGACAACUGUUUGCAGGCACGGACCAGUCACGUGAUAAGCACGCUAGCUACAGGUGUUGAGGUUCGCGCGCUCUCGUUUGAUUCUCUGAAAGAAGUGACCGAGUGUUUGCUUGAGAUGAACCAAGAAGUGGUGAAAGUAAUAUUGGAUUGUAAGAAAGAUAUAUGGAAGAAUCAAGAAAUGUUCGACCUCGUUGAAGAUUACUUUGAGAAUAGCUUGCAGACACUUGAUUUCUGUGCUGCUUUGGAGAAAGGGUUGAGAAAAGCUCGUGAUAGUCAGCUUUUGAUCCUUAUUGCUCUUCAGCAGUUUGAAGAUGAGAGCCUCGUUGAAGGUUGUAGUGGAUAUGAGAAGACACUUGAAGUGCUGAAGAAUUUCAAAGACGCAGAAUCACCUUUCAGCAAAGACUUCUUCAAGAUGUUCCAGUCAGUAUACAAACACCAGAUGCUGAUGCUUGAGAAGCUACAACUUCGAAAGAACAAGCUUGACAAAAAGCUCAAAUGCAUCCACACAUGGAGAAAACUCUCCAGAAUCAUCUUUGUGGCUAUAUUCGCGUCUGUACUCAUCUGCUCUGUUGUAGCUGCAGCCAUGGCAGCUCCUCCCGUGGCUGCCGCUCUUGCUGCAGCUACAGUGGUGCCGGUGGGCUCGAUGGGGAAAUGGAUCGAUUCGCUGUGGAAGAACUAUGAGAAUGCACUGAAAGGACAAAGAGAGGUAAUCAUUUCGAUGCAGGCAGGGACAUAUGUGGCGGUUAAGGACUUGGAAAAUAUCCAUGUUUUGAUCGAGCAGUUGGAGAUUGAGAUCAGGGGGAUGGUGAAGUGUGCUGAAUUUGCAUUGGAGCAUGAAGCAGUCAAGCUUGGGAUCAAUGAGAUAAAGAAGAAGCUGGAGGUGUUUAAGAAGAAUGUAGAGGAACUGGGGGCUCAGGCUGAUUCGUGUAGCAGAGAUAUAAGAAGGGCAAGGACUGUGAUUCUACAGAGGAUCAUCAAGCAUCCAAACAAUGCUAGUAGCAGCACCUGAAAAACCACUAGCAACUCAGCUUCGUGCUGCAUAUAUAAUGAAAUGUUUAAAGACUGUAAAGAAAAUAUUACAGAUUCUUUCUUGAGUUAUGUUAACUAACUCAACUGUUUAUGAUGACUGUUGCAUAUCUAUAUUCUUUGAUGAUUGAAAACAAUUGGAGACGAGACUUUU